GCCGCGGCAGAUUUAGGCUGAAGUCCCCGAACACUGUAAUUAGGACCCCGCUGACACGGAGGCGGCUCCGGGACAGGCGGAUUAAACCCUACAACAGAGGGGGGGGAACCGAAGCUGUUUCCCUGCUGAGCUUGGAUGUUUUCCUUUCGCUUUGCACCGUGUUCCCGGCCCAGCCUCCUCCAUUCCCGACCGGGACAAGGCAGCGGACGGAGCGACGGAGCGCGGAGCCCAGGGCAAGGGGAAGGGACAGCUCAUGUCCCUGCCCAGCACCGCAUGGCCCCAGCGCGAUGAGCCCCCUCCCUGCGGCACCACCACCACCAGCCUCCCGCUGGCCUCAUCCGACAGCGACUCCGGCUGUGCCCUGGAAGAGUAUCCGGAGCCCCCCACGGAGCCUGCACCCCCCGAGGUCCCGCCGUGCUCCAGCACCCUCGCUCCGCAUCCCUCCUCACCCACUGACAGCAUCCAGCUCCGCACCAGAGCCCUCCUGCAGCAGCUGCCCCCUCAGGACUGCGAUGAGCGGUACUGCCCCGACCUCGCCGAGGAGGAGAGGAGGCAGCUCCGAGCCUUCAGUGCCCGACGGAGACGUGAGGCAUUGGGGCAGGGGCUGGCGUGUCCUGUGCCGGGUCCCUGCCAUGGCUGUCCCUGCAAGAAGUGCGGCCGGAGGCUGAACAAGGGGGACCCUGGGGUCUCAGCAUCGCGCCUCGGGGACCAGUUCUGGCACCCGUCCUGCUUCUCCUGCCACUUCUGCCACCAGCCCCUGGUGGACCUCAUCUACUUCCAGCAGGAUGGGAGGAUCUACUGCGGCCGGCACCACGCUGAGCUCUUUCGGCCCCGCUGUGCCUCCUGUGACCAGCUGAUCUUCAUGGAGGAAUGCAUCGAGGCCGAGGGCCGGCGCUGGCACUUGGAGCACUUCUGCUGCCUGGAGUGCGAUGCUCCCCUGUGUGGGCAGCGCUACGUGAUGCAGAGCGGCCGCCCCUGCUGCCGUGGAUGCUUCGAGAGCCUCUUUGCUGAGCCCUGCCAGGCCUGCGGGGACCCCAUCGGUACAGACCCACACCCCCCACCCCCAGGGGGGGGGGAAGGAUGGACUCUGACACGGGGCUGCCGGCAGAGCCUCCCCCUCAGCCCUGCUUGCCCCCCAGGUGCUGACAGUGAGGAGGCCACGCACCAGGGGCUGCACUGGCACGCUCGGGCCGCCUGCUUCUGCUGCAGCCGCUGCCGCAAGCCCCUGCGGGGACAGCCGCUGACCGCGCACCGCGGCCGGCUCUUCUGCUCCGAGAGCUGCCGCCUGCGGCAGGACAGACCCUCCGAGAGCUGCAGCCUGCGGCAGGACAGACCCUCCGAGAGCUGCAGCCUGCGGCAGGACAGACCCUCCGAGAGCUGCAGCCUGCGGCAGGACAGACCCUCCAGCGCCGCAGACUCGGCUCCAUCCCCGGACUCGACGCCCCUGUCCCGAGCCAGCCCCGCAGGCAGGACCGGUGGCUGCAGGCAGCGGGUGGAAGGGGCUGAGGCUCCUUCAGAUCUGGCCCCUCUGCAUCCUGCAUUUAGGAGUCAGGAGGGCUGUGGAGCAGCGGGUAAGGAGCGGAGCAGCAACGCUGUGCACACAGGGAUGCUGGGACCAGCGGCCGGACACCCCUCUGCCUCCCAGCCCAGUACAGAGGGUCCCAAUGAGCCCAGAGCCUUGGGACACCCAGCUGUGGGGGGCUCUGAUUCCACAGCUCCUGCAGGCAAUGGAAACACAUCCUUCCAAGCGGCCACAUCCCCUGCACAGCACAGCCCACAGCCAGAGGACAGCGACUUGCAGGACAUCACAGAGGAGGAUGACUCCUGGUGUCCCACCUGCUCUUCAUCUUCAGACACGGACUCAGAGGAAGAGGGUUUCUUCUUCGGGAAGCCCAUUCCCAAGCCCGGGAUGAGCUCCCUGGGCAGGGAGCCCCCAGAGAGGGCCAGGGGCAGGACGGCAAAGCCUUGGGGCAGCAGCAAGCACUGCAGUGUGUCCUAGCAGCAGGGACUUGGGGGUACUGGACCCAUGCUGCUGCCCUGCCAGCCCCUGGUGGGCUCUCACCAUGGUCCAAGUGUGUGCUGGAUGCAGCUCAAGGCUCAUGAGAGGCUGCUGGGAUCCUUCCCCCCCGGCAGCCGCUGGCAAACAACAGUGUGCAAUUCCCAGCGGCCUCUCCCGCAAUUAGGAACAGGAAAAGCAGGUAGGGAGCAGGGAGCUGCAGCCUCCCUUCACAGACACAGUGGCAGCCCAGAGAGCAGCUGCAUGCAGGGGAAGGGGACAAAGGCAGAGCUGCCUGCAUCGUCCUGCUGCUGGGGACUUGUGGGGACAGGCAGGGUCCUGGCUGCAGGGUGGGAUCCUUCACUGGGACACCUUGAAGGAUGAACGCCAGGGCCAGGCAUGGUCCAUCCCUCACAGCACCAAGGGAGGACCAAGGGAGCAGCUCUGCUGCUGCCAAUGACAAUGCUCCAAUAAAGUUGGGCUGAAAUCAGA